CUAUAAACACAACAUCCGCGAGUUAAUAAAAUUCUUACCUCUUUACAGGUGCAACUACAUACUGUACCAAUGGCGAACGUGGAUCAAAAGACUGGGUCCCAUAUGAAUGUAUUGACUGGGAUGCUGCAUGCUCUGAUGAGGUGCGGGACUCUUCAGUUGCGCCAAUAAAACUCAAGUGGAAAGAGAAAUCAGAAAUCCAAGUGGCAGGUAUGUUAGCAUUUUACAUCUUGACCAAAGGAAAGCAUCCAUUUGGUCCUGAAUUUCGUCGACAGCAAAAUUUGCAUGAUGGCAACCCAGUGGGUUUAAGCAAGCUCAGUGAUCCUGUGGUGAAAGACCUGCUUUCUCAGAUGUUGGCUCGGGAUCUGCGUGAACGACCAUAUGUGGAGCAAGCCUUAAAGCACCCUUACUUUCUCCCGUCCGAAGACCAGAUGAAGUUCUUAGAAGCUUUGGGCAACGAGCCUGAAAUAAAGAGUUUCAAAGGAGAUCGCAGCUGUGCUGUUUCCGGAGAGCUAGACAACCGUGAUCUGUCAAGACCUCGAAGCUCAUUGUUACCAAAUGACUGGAAAGCAGUCAUCGAUCCAGAUGAUCUCAAAACAUUUUGUGCAGGAGGUCCUACUCGCCCGUCCCGUUUUGAUGGUAGCCGAUACACGCAAUGUCUUCGAUUCAUAAGAAAUGUUCGUCAGCAUUGGGGCGACAAACCACGUCCACCAUUGAAAGCUAUGGGAACAGCUACUUCUCUUGACGAAUAUUUCCUGCAAUUAUUUCCAACCCUCCCGCUCGUUGUGCAUCAAAUCAUCAGAAAGCAUCCUGACUGGAAAACACGCCUUUCUUUGAAGGAGUUUUUCCCCGUGAUAAACCGUCGCGCAGGGUCUGAUGCAGACUGAAGCCCACACGAUAUGUCAG